CUACACAUCACUGCUUCACCACCUUAGUCUCCUCGCAACCGUAUUUGUAGUUUCGGUCACGCGUAACACAACCGUAACACAACUAAACAUUCUAAACACAGCUGCGAACAGACAGCCUCCACGUCUGCAUUAGUCUAGCAUUAAAGCUUGCAUCUACACAGCUUCUUGCCGAUCAUCAUGAGUACCAGUUAUCAAAGUUCUUUUGAYCCUAAAGCAUACUUUGAAUGCUAUUUUAACGACCCCAAAAAGAUAGACACUUUUCCACUUGAAAAGCAAAAUCACUUUUGGAGCGAUGUUGUUAAGGAUAUUAAUGUUGCGAGCAUGCUGGAGUAUGGAGCUGGACCAACCAUCUCAAGAUUUAUAAGUGCAUCCCAUUACGCUCAGAAYAUUAUCGCUGCAGAGUACUUAGAAUCAAAUCGMAAGGYUCUGCAAGACUGGAUUACUCAAGACCCAAAGGCAUUCAAUUGGAGACCUUAUUUUGAGUAUGUKGUACAAACUCUUGAAGGAAAGUCAUCAGAAGAAGUUGACAAAAGAGAAUCUGAAGUCAGAGAAAAGAUUAAAGCUAUCGUACCCUGCGACCUAAAGUCACCAUCAAACCGUCUUGAGAUUCCCAGUCACAUAUCUGCAAAGUAUGGUCCGCCGUUCGACGUUGUUUCUUCGUGUUUAUGCCUCGAAGCAGUCGUUGRAUGCGAGAARGAGUACAAAGAGGCAAUGGCYUWCCUUGCCAAGCUGGUUCGUCCUGGUGGGUACCUCGUCAUGAUUGGUACAAUAGGAUGCACCUUUUACACUGUCGACGGCAAAAGGUUCGACAACUUUCCAAAUACAAAAGAGUUGGUCUUGGAGAGCAUGUCGAAUGCUGGAUUAAACGAAGUUGUGUUUGAAUGUGCAGAAGAAAAAUCUGUCGACUUUGAAAGGAAAGGGGGAYCUGAUUUGUAUGAUGGAGAUGGAUUCUUCUUUGCUUAUGGGCGUAGAGAAUAAGCGAAUAA